AUGGGCAUGCGACAUAGUACAAACAACGCUGCCGAGGGCCUGCACGGUGCCCUGAAGUGUUUCAUGGGUCCUCGCCGUUCACAUGAACGAUUCUUCAUUCAUCAACUGAGAAAGCACAACGAGCGGAUGUACAUCAAGCUUCGAAUGGAGGAUGUGUUGAGGACGACUGGUAUGCCGGAGAAGACGAUCUUUACCUGUAUCGUCUUUGAAGAGACCGUGAUGGUGAGGAGUUGGUAG